GUGCCAAUUCAAUCGAGGUAAAAUGGCGUCGGGUGCCAUUUCAACAGAUGUAAAGAAAAUCUCAGAAUUAAGGGUUGUUGAUCUUAAAUCCGAGCUCAAACGAAGAAGUUUGGACACUUUUGGUGUGAAAAGCGUUCUCGUUGCAAGACUAAAACAGGCUAUUGAAGAUGAGGGUGGUGACCCAGGAAACUUUCAAAUCAAUCUCUCAACUGAUGCCACAACAAGGAGAAGUGGAAAAGCUAAAGGGAAGAAAGUGGAUUCUGAUUUGGACACCACAACAGAAGAAUCCAUGGUUUCAAAGGAAACUGAAGAGUCUGAAUCAGAAAAAGAUGUAACUGAUACAGAUGGUGGUAGUCGGGAAAAUGCUAAGCCUCCGCCCUGUGAGGACAGCCUUGCUCACUCUGACGCUGAACCAGAGACAGAAGUUAUGGCGGCUGAGCCUGAUCCAGAACCUGAUUCAGAGCCAUCAGGCGAUCCAGAGCCUGAUGCAGAAGUAGAUGAGGAGACCGAGGCUGAUGAAGAUGCUGAGCCAGAGGCUGAUGAAGAGGAAGAGGCGGAUGAAGAGGCUGAUGAAGAGGCAGAGGUUGACUCUGAAGUGGCUGAGAUGGAUGCAGAAGCCCAGAGUUCCUUCAGAGAAGCAGAGGAUGAUCACCUGUCUGUCUCAAUCCAAAAUGAAGAUACCCUCACCCUAGAAGUUGAUGGUGAUGACCUCCUGGAAACAGGUAAACAUGUGAAACUUCCAGAUCCAGAGGUAGAGAAGGGCACUGACGAGAUGGAGACCAGUGCUGAGAUGAGUCCAGAUGAUGACAUGAAGAAAGACAAGAUGGAGUGCCACAGAGAUGGCAAGAAAGACGAUGUGUCCGUGAAGAGCGACGAUGGAGAUGACCAGAUGAAAGCUGAAUCUGAAGACAAAGAAAAGGAUUCUGGGAAGAAAGGCCCAUCUGCUACUGGGGCCUCAGGUCAAGCAAAGAGCUCUUCGAAAGACCGAGAUGGAAAAGCUGGAAAAGAUGAAAAGGCAGCUGUCAGCAGCAACAGCACCUCUUCUCGUAACAUAUGGGUGAGCGGAUUGUCUUCAAACACCAAAGCAGCAGAUCUAAAAAAUUUAUUUGGCAAAUACGGAAAGGUUUCAAGUGCCAAGGUGGUUACGAAGGCUCGUAGUCCUGGUUCAAAAUGUUACGGCUUGGUAACGAUGUCCUCUAGCGUUGAGGUGGCUCGGUGCAUCUCCCACCUUGACCACACAGAACUCCAUGGACAGCAGAUAUAUGUUGAAAGGGCCAACAAGGAUCCAUUCAAAAACGAUCCCUCAAAGAAGGAAGUGGAGGACAAAGCAAGUUCCAACAAAUCAAAUAAUAAGCACAGCUCCACUGGGACAAAACAGACAAACAAAGCACAAGCAUCUCACAAAAAAGAAGAAAAGAAAUCUGAUAAACAGUCAGAAAAAGAGAAGGAUCCAUCAAAAACGCAAGAAGCCAGAAAUAAAAAAUCAGAUUCGGUUUCAUCAAACACAGGACCAGAUUCUGCAAAGAAGGAGGACAAAAAGCGUCCACGGAGUAAAAGCCCAGACCAAAUGGUGCCUAAGCCUAAAUUUAACUUCAAUUUUACCCAAAACAGACCUUUUAAUAGGGGAGGAUAUUUUCAUAGACCUUUUUUUAAUGCCAACAUGCAUCGUCAUCAAAAAUGGAUGUUUCCUCCUAGACAGUUACCAAUGGUCAGAGGAAAAGGAGAGUCAUGGAUCAAUAUGAACUUCUUGUCUUUUGAUAAACUGAAGGCGGAGAAAGAGGAGAGGAUGCGUGAGCGUAUGGAACGUGUUCGCAGAGCUGAGGAGCUGCACAGGCGACGUGAAGUAGCAGAACAGGAACGCAGGGAGCGCGAGCGAAUCCGUCUGAUGCGGGAGAAUGAAGAACGGGAGCAUCUGCUUCAGGAACGCCACAGACUGGAGAUGGAGAGACAAAAACUUGAAAGGGAGCGCUUGGAGAGAGAGAGGCUUGAGAGGGAAAGAUUCCGCAUCGAGCAGGAAAGACGUAAAGAGGCUGAACGCUUGGCGCGUGAACGCGAGGAGCUUCGCCGGCAGCAAGAGCAGCUUCGUUUUGAGCAGGAAAAGAGAAACCACCUUAAAAGAGGACGGGAGGUGGAACACGGUCGGCGGGAUGAUCCUUAUUGGAAUGCCAAUAAGAAGAUGCAGUCUGAAUCUGAGGUUCGGAUGAACCAGGGCACUGGUUACAACCGACAGCAGACCCGCUUCUCAAACAUGAAUCCUCGUGAAAGGGGACGCUUUCCAGACGCUGGUGCUCAACAGCCAGCAUAUGACAAACAUAACAGGUUUGAAGGUGAACCUGAAGCUAAGAAGAGUCGCCCAGCUCCUCCCAGAGAGGCCUCGGGCUUCGACAGAUACCCCAAGAACUUUGACACAGUUCGCAGAACGGAACCUCCUCCGCGUGCUGAAAUGCAUAAUCGUCCUGUGCCUGCUCGACCUACAAUGCCCGCCAUGUCUCACAACCGUCCACAAAGAGAUGUGGGGCAUGGGUGGAAGAACGAUGGAGGAAUGAACACCAACAAAGGAGACAUGCGAGGACCCAUGCACAUGCGUGCAGAGCGGCAAGGUAGAGAUGAUCUCAGAGAGGGCCCCCCAGUGAACCGUGGAAGGAGCAGCUUUAAUGAACGAGUUGAAAGGAGACCCAUGGUGAUGAACGAUCAGCCGUUCAGCUCUGGCCGUCAGGUCGUAGUGGAGCGUCCAGUCAGAGAGCAGGGAGUGAGGAAGGAGUGGCACGGUGGUUCCAGCUCUCAGGGAGGCGUGUUCUCUAACAAUCGUAGGAUGGGAGACAGUCGGAGCGGCAUGAUGGCUUCUUCUAGUCACUCGUCAGGACUAAGCCGGAUUGUACAGAUCACGAGCAAUUCAAUGCCCUCCAGCGGCAGCAUGAGUGGCUUCAAACCCUUCAAAGGAACACCUCGGCCGUUCUAAAAGCAACUGUUUUUUUUUUUUUUUUUCCAUUUUUGAAGCAUCAAAAAUUUGAAGGCUUUUUUUUUUCCUAAAAUUUUGUUUGUAAUGUUUAAAAUGUCAACAGUUUUUGGUGGUUCAUUUGCAACUUUUGAGGCUAACACUUUUUUAUGUAUGAAAUAUUUACCUCAGUGUAGAGUUUUCCUUGCAGUUCUGCUGUUACCAUAAACAGCCCCGGUAACGCCUCUUAUUUAGAGCAACAUUGUACAGCCCUCAGUCUUUGUAACGUUUUCAAGAUAAUUCUCCUGUUGAGUGAUAUGAUUUCAAAAGUGUAGCGUUACACUUUGUAAUGUCUUAUUUUAGUGUAUUAUAGAAUUCAAAAUGACCAAGAUAUUGACUUGGAUGUGUCACUGUUUGAAAUUGAUGACAUUUUUUUUCUAGUUUUGUUUUUUAAUUUAGUUUUUAAGUCAUACCUGGUGUAGAUGUUUAAUUUUUAAAGAGUUUUGCACUUGCUUAAAAAAAAUAAUAGACUGUAUGUACACCGCACAUUCUUAGCAGAUGACCUGAACUGUAUCACUAAAAUAAAAUAAAACCUUAUUCUGUUACAGCUGGGAAUUCUUUAAGGUCCGGCCUGAAAAGGGUCGUCUUUAUUCCMGUUUCUGUCACUCUGGAAAUCUGAUACAUGCUCUGGUAGCUGAUAGUUCUGAGAUUUUUCCGUUUUAGUAACAUCCAUAUUAAACUUUGGGAUUUCAGUGCAAAGGUGGUUUGAAUCUAUGAAGUGAUUCAUGCAAUAUGAAACCAGUUGAUUGGACUUUUUGGCGUAGCUGGCAUUGUCAGCUUUGACUAAGUUUUAACAUCUCUUGUCAUUUCAGUGGUAUUGUUUAAUUUCAAAAGGUGUGAGGGUUGAUCCUUGAGUUGAACCAGCUGAUGUCUAUCUCUGUCAUACUUAGACUUAUUUUGUAUGUUUUCCCUUCAUGUUGCAUUUGGUUGAUGAAAUCUAAUUAAACAAAUUGUAACCAC